AUGAGCGUGGGGUCCGAUUUUAAGUUGUUCGGGAGCUCUUUGACUGGUAUCCAUAACAAGCAGGAGAUCGCACGUUCUCUCCUUGAGCACAUUUGUAAUCUCGACAUUGAUCGUGAGCCCUGUGCCAUCCGUAAUACCAGCAUUAUCUGCACCAUCGGCCCUGCAUGUCGUACUGUGGAGACUCUUCAAAAAAUGAUGACAGCAGGCAUGAACAUCGCCCGCCUGAAUUUCUCUCACGGCUCUCAUGAGUAUCAUUUGGAGACUAUUAAGCUAAUCCGUCAGGCUGUGGAAACCUUCAGGCCCUUUUUCCGCCCUGUGGCCAUAGCUCUUGACACUAAGGGACCUGAAAUCCGUACCGGCCUCAUAGAUGGGGUGCGUUUUCAUUAA